UUGGGAUUGUGUCAUAAUUUUGUUUUUUAUUACCAGUGGUACACUCAAGCUGGCAACAAGGCAAAUUGUUUUGAUGUACUAAUAUAACCUCACUUCUUAAUCUGGAAAGCAGUGUUUUUUCUUUAGUUAAUUAAAAAUGGAUAAUUGUGAUGAAUGCGAGGGUGGCGACCCGAAAGGCGUCAAAAGAAAAAGAAGCUUGGACCAAGACUCCUGCGAAGAGGAUCCAGAGACCCCCUCUGCAUCCCCAGAAAUGGGCGAAAGCAGCACAAAAACAGCAAGACUGAAGCGAAAGCGUAAAUUUGUAUACACCAGCGAUAGCACAGUUCCGAAAAAAUGUCGAAAAUUUUAUUUCAUCAACACACAAAUGACCAAACCUCGCAAACAAAAGCUGGCAAAACCUGAACAUGUGCAAGAACAAAACGUGGAAACUAUUCCAGGAAACAAACACAAAUUACAUUUUGCCAAAUUUGACGCGAGUGGCAAUGUUGUUUUGGUGCACAAGCUGCACCAAAAAUUUGACUUGUUCUUCAGUGAUGAGAAAAAGUGUAAUUAUGAAGCCUCCAAAAGCGUGGAUUUGAGCUUUCAUGUGGUCGAUGAAAUUGCGCUUGAAGGGUUAGACGGAAUCACGCUCGAGGCUUUUUGGAAACGGCUGAAGUUUGUUUUUCCCUACCACAUUAACAAAACCAUGGCUGAUCGUAUCUGGAGACUGAUUUGCAAUAACAAGCGUGUUAACAUUUUCAUACUGAAAGAGCCACGCGAAGAGCUAAUAUUUUUUGACCGUUGUAAAUAUUUAGAUAUUGAUUCUGGUUUUUUUGUGGAGCCAUUUAUAGAAUUUAACGACAUUUAUCCCAUGGCCUCAGUUAACGGAACUGAAGUCAGAGGCUCUUGUUCGACUUUUGAUACCAGAAAAGAAAACAACGGCGUUCGGAAAUUCUCAAUGGACAAGGCGAUAAAAUUGUACGACCAAAAGUUGGUUUUUGUUGCUGACCAAGCUUUAAGGAACAAGGCCCUCAUUGACGAGGAAGCCGAUCCAAAUAUCGAAUUACUGGACUUUGAGUAUUGCAUUUUGGAAAAAAUUGGGCGAUCUCGCGAUCAGGGAGAAGUGACCCAGGGCAAAAUACCGCUAGUUAACGACAGCAAGAGGGUUUAUCACACCCGAAAAGUGCUCCUGAAUUAUUCGCUAAUCGUCCACCAAAAUUUCUUCCUGAAAUCGCUCUCCUUGAACCAGAAUAUCUCCGGCGGUUUGGUUCAUUUGAAGCGAUUUUAUUCCAAAAGAAAAACCAAAUAUAUCGUCAUCAUGGAACGAAUCGCCAACAUACUGAGAAAUCGGCCAAACCACCAAAUAGACUUGGUCGAGUUUAGGCAAAUUUUCGGACGGAACGUCUCAAUGAUUAAAUUGGUGAAAACUGCUGAUUUUCGGAGGUUUUUUAAAAUUUCCACAUUUCCCUACAGAAAGUUUUACCCAAACGCGACGCAGCACGAAUACAUGUGCAAAAGCAAACAAAGGGAAAGGCAAGUUAAAGUUUUGCGUAUGCUGGACCCUUGUGCGAACAUAACGGCCAUAAUGGACGUAAAGGACUCUAAAGAACUUCAACCAGAAAAACCAGCCGAAUUGGGACGACAUAAGUUCAUUAAUUAUGAAUAUCUGCGCGAUAUUUUUCUCUACAUUUUAUCGACAGGAUACGCUGGUGUUUCCAUACAAGAAAUUAAUAACCAUUUUGGGAUGGAUUUUUAUUCAGUUAGACUAGCUGUGAGAAAGUUGCUGUUGAGAAACGUCAUUGACAGUAAUAAGAUUGAUCUGGGGAGGCAGCAGACACUUAAAUUUUUCGCGAAAUGUUUCUCCAUGCCUGGCUGCUACAUUAACACUCAACCGAAAAACUACGAACUUUCGCCUGCGACCCUCUCUCGCGUUUUGGCCGGCUAUGAAAAUAAAACCGUCGAGGAAUCAAUCGAAACUCCCAAGCCUGAACCCGCCCCAAUUCAGACCCAAUUCAACCUAAACUUCGAACCAUUCUGUUGCACCUCCUUCCUGACCGAAAUGGACCCGAGCGCUGACGACUUGACAAUCUACGACAUCGUCAUCAAAGGCCGAGAUAAACUCCUCCUAAUCGGAAGCAACCUCUGCUCGCACUACAUCAGCGAAUGGGACGAGUUUCUCCUAAAGCGAGACGAUUAUUCCAAAGGCAUCCAACUCUUCCAGACCGGCUUCGGGAAAGUCAUCUACGAAUUUUUAUCGAGCGUGCGAACUAACGAUAUUGAAACAGACAACUGUAUCGUGUUCAGUCUGGAAAAUGUGACCGCCAGCACGAAAAUUGCGCCGUUCAAAGUUCGGCGAGUAUUUAAAGCCAAGAAAAAUUACAACAACCCGCACAGUGACGGCGUCCACACGGACACAAUUUCCAAAAUUUACCUCUUCGAAGCCAUGAGCGAGACGCACCGCAGUAACCAGGUUGUGGACAAGUUGCGGAACAUUUUCGAGCGCCUUAUGGUCCUCGAAGGGAAGAGGAAACGCUUCGACAGCGUUAAACUCGAGCCCGCGGUCGAGUUCGAGGAGUCAGGCGGCGUAGUUAUGGAAAAAUUCAUGGGGCCGUCCCCUUACCUCGCAUAUUCCGAGGAGCAGGAGGGCAUCAAGCUUGAGAUUUUCGCCUCCACGAAGCCAAAAUGUAACAGGUCUGGACUUUUCUUCGUCACGGACGACGAAAACCUGACCCAAAGGUACGUAAACCGGGCCAAUAUUCUGCUGAAAAGCGUCUACUCGCAAGAGGUCGUCCGGGACGUGCAUUUCUUGUACAAGGACGUGCUGGAAGAGGAGAACUUGGGCGGGUACGACAAGAAAAUCUGCCGCAAGACGAUCGUCUCCAUCAUUGCGCGACUGGUGGACGAGGGCUACAUUAAGGUCUUCAAGGUCGUAAUGACCGAGAAACACAUAACGCGGACGCAGUGCUUCAUCUGCGUGCUUGAAACCGACGUCCUCCACACGCAAAUCAAGUCAACGAUCGACCAAAUGAAGCUCAAGUUUUCCCUCGCACGUGUGCCCGACAAGCCGGUUAAAAUAAAGAAGAAAAUCGAGUCGCCGUUCAAUAUGGUCGACGUGAAGGAAAGCAUCAACGAGUUGAAACAACUGACGAGUGCCAAGCUCGAGCCCGCUUACAAAUUCGAUAAGAGUAAGGGUAGGGUGUACGGGUAUUUGCCAAAGUUCGCCCGGAUGCGGCUCCUGCACGAGCACUUGUUCUACGUUGUCCGGGAAUUGAACGAAUGCGAGCCCAUUUCGGGCCGACAAGUGUUCGAACUCUGCAAGAGUUUGAGAAUUAAAGGGCAGGGGGAAGUCAACGACUUGCCCGCAAUUUACCGGAAUGAAGUCAGUUGGAAGAUGUUUAUCCCGCCAAUACCCCAACACACGACCUUCCCGAAAGGGUGGGCCCUCGCGUGCGACAUAAUCCUCCGAAUGCCACUUUCGAUCUUCGUCAAAUUGUACAAAAUCGUGUACGACAUUCCAGAGCUUGAGGCGUAUCUUAAACACCCAAUCAAACGGCAUUUUUUGCUGAAACAUUUGCCGGUUGAUAUCCGCUCCGUUCUCCUGCGCAAACGCAAGUAUUUCUACAACAUUUACGAGAACCUCUGUAACAUGUGUUACGUCGGGUUGUUACAACUGGGCCCCCGAAACUUCAAGGAAAAAGACCAAGUUUUCAUUUACUUGAACUCGAAGGCGACCCUUUACGACACUUGUAACAGCCAACCGGGUUACAACCUAGUCGAGGACAAACCCUACCGGGAGAUCCUCUUCGAGUUCAAGACCGGCAGUGACGUUGAAAUCUAUUGGUCGGAAAUGUUGCGCAUUUGCAUGAACACCCAAUUGGGCAAGCGCAAGGUUUUGGACGGCCAAUGUGUGACGAUUGAGGAGUGUGGGGCCAAACCGGCGAUGGUCGAGACGCUCCGCCCUAAAACCUUCCAAGGGGCGGUGCUAGACGACACGGGGGCGUUGCCUGGCGAUCGCAGGGGCGCGGCCGGCGUUGAUUCCUCACUUUGGACGUUCGUUAAGCGUAACUGGGUGUGGAGCACCAGAAAUAAGGCCCAAUCGCAGAAAAAGGCGGCGUUUGAGGUGGCCCCCGUCCGGUUUGACUCGCUCAAGGGCGGGGCUAGCGACCGGAGGGCGUGUCCUAAACCCAAGUCGGUUAUGGUUAAGAGACAGAAGAAGAAGUUGGUCAGGAAGUUUAUAAGUGUGACGAAGAAACGGCCUAGGGAGUAUUACGAUGCGCUUGAUAAGUCCAUAAUGAAGAAAAAUGCAACAGUGAGAGUUGAGUGGGACGAAGAGGAGGAUCAGUUGUUGAGGUAUAGCCGGGCCGCUGCGAGUUAUUUGUGCCCAGAGUUUAAGAAACAGUUUAUUCCGUAUAAUGUGAUCAGGGACGUAUUGCACCGAAUUUGCCCGAAAGUGCGCAACAAAACGGCCAAAGCCAUUCAGAGACGGACUUAUGUGCUUUUGACCAACGACGAGACCAUCAAGAUAAUGGAAAACAACAAUGAGAAUUUCUCGAAUUCGGAAACAAUCGGCAAAUAUUUCGAACAAGUGCGGAAUCGCUACAAGAACGAAGUCAAAAUCAGCGACUCACAAAUCUACAUCUGUUACAUCUAUCUCAUGGCCUACAUUGCCAAGCAUCGGAAAGAGGUUGAGUUGUUGCUCUUGGGUUAUUUCGCGACUUUUGAUUUUUUCGCGAAAGCGAACAUUUCGGAGUUUGAGGCGAUUUUGCAAAAUUGUGACGAUUCAAGUCCGAUCUACACGGACCCUAAAACAGUCGAGGAAGUGACCAAGGACACGAUCAGGUCAGUGGUGCACUGCUCAAUGGCCUGCAAGAAAAACAGUGUGGGGUGGACGUUCCACUUGUCGCGGAUUUACAAAAAAUUUGCGGACGAUUUGAUUCGUGUGACUGUCGCUAACAUGAAAAAGGACCAAUUUGUCGUCACGAAUAAAAACUACGUGGGGAAAAACCUGGACGGGAAUUAUCCCACGCCACUGAAAUUUUCCUACGUUUAUAACUUGAUGAAAAGUUCCACGUAUCCGAAGGAGAUGUUCCGAGAGGCGUUUCGGGUGUUUUUGGCCAAGUUGGAGGGGGAUUUCGAGGCCGCAAGUUUCAUGGUUUGUAACGAAUUGAACACGUAUUGGGAGGAGAUUAGCUUUAUUUUCGAAAUCCCCGAAAUGGGGAUAAUCCUGAACCCCGAAAUUGAGGACCAUAGCGAAGUGAUUGAGGAGUUGGCGAAACGUUUCCGCCUGUAUCUCGACAAGAUUUACGAGAAGAAAAACGCGGGACGUACUCCCGAAGUGAUGGAGACGCAAAGUGUGAACAUGGUUGAAGACUGCGAGAAGAUUAAGAGCAAAGUCAGGCAUUUGAUAUUCCGAGUGCCUUACUUACUUGAGGGGGACCUGGAAUUGUGUUUCAAAAAAAUGCUCGACAGUAGCAAUAACCUGGAAAUCAAUAAUUACAUUUAUUUGAUGAUAGUCAGUCUGAAAAAGUUUACGGAGGGAAGGAACACCACUGACGAUUUGCGCAGUUUCGUCGCAAACAUCGAAGAUGAGAGCUGUGUAGACAGUGAGGAGAAGCUAUUGAAAAAUUUAUCGAAAGUUGUUUUCGUGAUCCAGACCAUUCACCAGCAACAAGUCGAGACGAAUUCAAGUGCGUUCGAGAGUUGGGAAAGCGAGAUUUGGGACGAAGUCCGGAGUCGCAGUGAUGACUCCAGUAGUGCGAGAAAAUCGCCGAAGAAUUACGCCAGUGGAAUGGAAGUGUGCAUCAAGAGGGCCCAAGAUGGCGAUUUUCCCUCAAUUGAGGAAAUUAAAGAAGGGAUGAUGGCUGAAGUUGAUGCUGAGAAGCGGAAAAUUCCGCAUAUUACUGACUUGAUUAUGUUGCUAAACGAGGGAAGGUUCCCCGAAUUGGACACUGAUAACGAUAUUGAAAAACUGAAGGAGCAUUUCGUUAUGCAGUACCCGAAGUUGGACCAGUUCGUCAUUGAAGAUUUGGAAAAAAUGAAGCAGGACGAAACGACAGUCAAGAUUACGAAUCGUGAGAAGAUUGAGACUUUUGCCAAGAUGACUGAAAAUGUUGUGAGGCCACCACAAAUGGACUUAAUCAUAAAAUACUUGGAUGAUGUGAGUGGCACUGGCGACGACAUCAAAAUUGUGGAAAAUUUGAUCGAUUUUAUUAAAGAGAAAAAAGAGUUAGGUGUUUCUGGACGAGAGCUGAAGCAAUAUUUUACGAAUAAAACCGACCUGAAUUUGGCCCAUCUCAUGCAUUACUUGGGUGAAAUCGGUGUGAUUUUGAGAGCGGGUGUGGCGUCAUUUAUUUAUGUCCAUUAUGAGUACCAGUCCGAGUGGUUGACUGAAACUUUUAUGUUGUCACGCGAAGAAAAACAAAUUUAUGAAUCGACUGAAAAAGAAGAAAUGACGCAAUUAAGGGCUUUUAUGGGGGAAAAGCUCGAUUCGCUUGAGCCUAGAAAAGUACAAUUGAAACCGUGGACUAAACUUGACGGGUGUCUAAACGAUAAUCUUUUCUACGAAUGGCUGUGUUUGGUUUUUUCCCGUUGCAUUGAUUUUCCCAACAUUCCCUUUACGGUUUUGUGUGAAUAUUUUCAUUACAUCAAACCCGUCGAUAUUUAUUCGUUGUUGGAAGUAUUGCAAGAGCUUGACUGUGUUAAAAUCUAUUUAUUUGAUAGAAUAGAAAAUAAUCUUUGUUCUGCAAGAAGUUUCGUGGAAGAACGUGAGGCGACAAGUCUGGAUAGUUUUGACGAAAUGUUUUUAAAGCCCACAAAUGUGUCAGGUUUAUGUUUUGGUUCGUUUUUGGAUAAGUUGUGUCCUAAUUAACAUGUAUUUAAUCUUUAAUAAAUUUUUUUGGAAAAAA